AGCAAAGCAAACCAAGCAAGCAAAGAUAAGCACAAGCCCUGCCCUGCCCUCUGCCCGCGCGCUCACCACCUGCUCAGCUGUUCCUCUUCUGCUCGCCGGCACGCCACCUCCCCCUGGCCUUGCUACAUACAGACUUGCAUUAUCCUCUCUUCUCCUCUGUUCCCCCGGCCUGCGUGCCUGCCUCUCCGAUCCCUCCACCGCUGACCGCCCCCAAUCAUAUCAUCAUACCAGUUCGAGUUCGAUGACGAAGCCCGCCGCCGGCGCCCAGGCGGCGGAGGACGUCCAGGUGCUGGUCGAGCGGCCCUACUCCCACGAGGGGCCCCACCACCCCAGGCCGCCGCCGCAGCAGCUCAUCAGGGCGCGGCGCCCCUACUACCGCCGCUGGUCCCCCUGGAUCGUCUCCGCCGCCACCGCCGCCUGCGUCGCGCUCUUCCUCGUCACCAUGUACGUCAACGACUGCCCGAGGCACAACACCAACUGCGCCGCCGGCUUCCUCGGCCGAUUCGCCUUCCAGCCGCUCAGGGAGAACCCGCUACUCGGCCCAUCAUCCGCAACGUUGGUGAAGAUGGGUGCUCUGGAUGUGUCCAAGGUUGUCCAUGGUCGGCAGGGGUGGCGCUUGCUCACGUGCAUGUGGCUUCACGCCGGGGUUGUCCAUCUGCUCAUCAACAUGCUCUGCCUCCUCUUCAUCGGCAUACGACUCGAGCAGGAAUUCGGGUUUGUGAGGAUCGGGGCGGUGUACCUCAUCUCCGGCUUCGGGGGGAGCCUGAUGUCGGCGCUGUUCAUCCGGUCCAGCGUCUCCGUGGGCGCCUCGGGCGCCCUCUUCGGCCUCAUCGGCUCCAUGCUGUCGGAGCUGAUCACCAACUGGUCGCUGUACGCGAACAAGGUGGCGGCGCUGGUGUCGCUGGUGGCGGUGAUCGCGGUGAACCUGGCGCUGGGGGUCCUCCCCCGGGUGGACAACUUCGCCCACAUCGGCGGCCUCCUCUCCGGCUUCCUCCUCGGCUUCGUCUUCUUCAUCCGCCCGCAGUUCGCAUGGCUCAAUAACCAGAACCAGAGGAGGGUAGCAGCCGGAGCACCACCACCAGCAGCUCGUCGCCGGAAGCACAAGACGUACCAGUACGUGCUGUGGGUGGCCGCCGCCGCGCUGCUCGUCGCCGGCUUCACGGCGGCGGCGGUGCUGCUGUUCCGGGGCUACGACGCCAACCAGCACUGCUCCUGGUGCCACUACCUGAGCUGCGUCCCCACCAGGAGGUGGAAGUGCGACUCGUCGCCGACCAUCUGCACGGCCACGCAGCAGGAGGACACGCUCAGCCUCCUCUGCGAGGGCUCCGGCAGGAACCGGACCUACGUCAUCGCCCGCGCGUCGCAGGACCGGAUCAACGACCUAUGCAACCAGCUAUGCACCUAGUAGGUUGCCACACUAGCCUAGCCUAGCCUACCAGGAUAGGUUUGGAUGUACAAUACCAUACAUUUGUCAUUCUUUGUGUACAAACAAUACAUGAAUGGGGAGAGAGAGAGAGAGAGAGAGAGAGAGAGAUGCAGAGCAUUUGAGCAUUGCCAUCUCCAUUCCAUGGGUGCCUUGCACACCUCAUGUCACUUCUUCACAUCCAUAAGCAUUGACUCGAAGAAGAAGAAGAUCCAACAAAGGAAGCAGAAGCUCAAAGCAAACUAUACGGGCCCAUAGAUAGUAUGUUGUUGAAUUUUUUUAAA